GAUUUGGGUCGUGGUGGAGUUGGUGGAUCACGUGGAACUUGAUAUGGAAAAGUUGUGAAAAGUGAGCUGAUCUUGGGUCAUGAAUCUGAUGUUCCAAUGGAGUGGUGGCUCAUGCUUAGCAUAAAAGGAUGAUGGAGAGGACCGUUUGGGCACUGGGGUUGGUCAAUUUUGUUGCCUUUUGCUUCCUUGCAAUUGUUCAAUCAAGUUCUGCCCAACAAGGUUUUGUGAGCUUAAGCUGCUGCGCAAUAGCAAACUCGACGACGGACACGAACGGGAUCGUUUGGACGAACGACGACGUUUAUUUCCCGGACAGACGUACAUGCAGCGAGGGAAAUUAUAUCCGGACCUUCGACAUAGUAGGCCGGGGGAAGGUGUGCUACCAAUUGACGACGCUCGUGCCUGGCCAGGACUACCUUGUAAGGGCCCAUUUCUCCUACGGCCACUCAUUGGCGUCGUCUUCAUUCGAAGUCCUGAUCGGGGUCACCCCGAUCGCUCUGGUGAGCUCGGUGUUGAGCUCGGCGAACAAGUCGGCGGUGGAGGGGAUCUUCCGGGCGCGGAAAGGCUAUGUGGACUUUUGCUUGUGGAAGGAGGAAGGUGAUCCAUACAUUUCACAGCUUGAGCUGAGGCCUUUGAAUGAUUCAGAUUACUUGAAUGGAGAUUCAAGUACUGUCAUGAAGGUGAUUAGGAGGGUGAACUUGGGGAGUACUGGAGAAGACAUCAGGUACCCUGAUGACCCAAGUGACAGAAUCUGGAAAUCAGAAGCAAACCCGAUUGGUGGAAUCAUCAAUGCCACCACAGAUUUCCACAACCCCACAAGAGUACCCAUCAAAGUCCUUCGGACAGCAAUGACCAGUUCAGACAGAUUGGUUCUUCUGAGCAAUGACCCUGAAAUAAUACAAUACAACUACACAAUCUUCCUCUACUUUCUGGAGCUCAACAGCAGCAUUGGGGUUGGGCAAAGAGUGUUUGACAUAUACGUCAACAGUGAGAAGGCACUGAGUGGGUUUGACAUACAGGGUCAAGGGUCUAUCUACAGUGAAGUUGCCCUGAAUGUGACAGCAAGUGGGUCUUUGAACUUGACACUGGCUAAGGUCUCUAAUGAGUCCGUUGUAUUAGGACCCCUUUGCAAUGCCUAUGAGAUACUGCAAGUGCACUCAUGGGUCCAAGAAAGUCCGCAAGGAGAUGUGGAUGCGAUGUUGGAUGUGAAAAAAGAGCUUUUGCUGAGUAAUAGCGAGAGUGAGGUGUUGGCGACUUGGUGGGGCGACCCAUGCCUCCCGAUUUAUUGGCAAGGCCUGGUUUGUGACCACUUUAAUGGCUCCUCGGUUGUGACCAGCUCCUUGGUCGUGACCAAGAUGGCUCUUUCUUCGAAAAACCUCAGUGGCUCGAUUCCUUCGAGCAUUGCCAAGCUAGUGUACUUGAAUGAAGUGAAUCUUAGCUACAAUCUUUUUACUGGAAAAAUUCCACCAUUUCCGACAUCCUCCUUGUUGAGAUCACUAGAUGUACGUGGAAAUGACCUUAUGGGUCCGAUUCCAGCAUCCCUCUUUUCGCUGCCAAAUUUGACAACAUUAUAUUUUGGCUGCAAUCCACAUUUUAUCAAUGCUUCUCCAGCUAGCUUCAACAACCCGAGACUUACCACAGAUCAUGGAAGAUGCAUAGACGUGGAACCAUCUAAUUCCAAAAAGGGACUUGUCAUUGGCACAGUUGCAUGUGGAUCUGUCCUUACUAUAGCUUUGGGGAUCCUUAUCUUUUGCCUUUACCGACGAAAGUCUGCGUUCAAGAGAUAUGAUAUGAAGAAAUACUCAAUAAAGAAAAAUGCUGUUUUAUCAAUACCCAGCACAGAGGAUUUUGUGUUGAAAUCCAUAUCCAUUCAGACAUUUACUUUGCAGUGCGUAGAGGUCGCUACCCAGAAAUAUAAGACCCUUAUAGGUGAAGGAGGCUUUGGAUCUGUGUACCGUGGUACUCUGCAAGAUGGUCAAGAAGUUGCAGUGAAGGUUAGAUCGGCCACCUCAACCCAAGGAACUCGCGAGUUCGAGAAUGAGCUAAACCUUCUUUCGGCUAUUAGACAUGAAAAUUUGGUCCCUCUGCUCGGUUUUUCCUGUGAGAAUGACCAGCAGAUCCUCGUCUAUCCUUUCAUGUCCAAUGGCUCUCUGCAAGAUCGCCUUUACGGUGAGGCCUCGAAGAGAAAGAUCUUGGAUUGGCCAACCCGACUUUCUAUUGCUCUUGGAGCUGCAAGGGGUUUGACACAUCUCCACACUUUCUCUGGGCGUUGCGUCAUCCACAGGGAUGUCAAAUCGAGCAACAUACUCCUGGAUCAAAGCAUGAACGCCAAGGUAGCAGAUUUCGGCUUCUCCAAGUACGCGCCACAAGAAGGGGAUAGCGGUGUUUCUCUUGAAGUAAGGGGGACUGCGGGAUACCUAGAUCCAGAGUACUACUCAACCCAGCAUUUAUCAGCAAAAAGUGAUGUCUUCAGCUUUGGUGUGGUUCUACUCGAAAUCAUAAGCGGUCGAGAGCCUCUAAACAUACACAGGCCGCGCAAUGAAUGGAGCUUGGUGGAAUGGGCAAAAACCUACAUAAGGGAACAAAAGAUUGAGGAAAUUGUGGAUCCAAACAUAAAGGGAAUGUACCAUGCAGAGGCAAUGUGGCGAGUGGUGGAAGUGGCGCUGGCCUGCAUUGAGUCCUUCUCGGCUAACCGGCCGAGCAUGGCCGACAUCGUGCGAGAGCUCGAGGAUGCUCUGAUCAUAGAGAACAAUGCCUCCGAAUACUUGAAGUCCAUCGACAGCUUUGGUGGAUCCAACCGGUUCUCAAUCAUUAUUGAGAAAAAGGCUGUUCUGUCCCCCACCCAGGAGCAAGUGGCGGAACCAUCGCCUCUUAGUUCACAGCCCUUGGCUCCUCCAGAACCUAGAUAGAAAUUUCGUAACUGCUUAAAAUUUAUUCAUAACCAUGUAGAAGAGGAGCAGAUGAAAACUGAAGGGUAUGUCUCUCCAUGUUCAUGUGCAGGGGAGAGUUUGCAAAAUAACUCUCUCAAAGUCGAAGAAAGUUCACUUCAAGUACUUUGUAAUGGAUUAGCUCCAUUUCUUGUCAGUCUUUUGGUGUAGCAAUGAAGAAUUUUUGCUGAAA